UGCCGGCGAGGCCCGGAACACGCUAGCGGAGUGGAAGAUGGCGGCGGCAGGGGUGGCUGCACCCGGGACCCCAGUCGGGCUGAGGCGGAGGAGCCGCCGGUUCUGACCUCGCUCUGGCUCCAGUGCGCGCGGCGGAGCGUGUGCGAGGCCCCGCGCGUCGGGCAGGGGCGGCGGCGACUGCGCGCCGCCUUGAGGAGCGUCCCGGCGGCGGCGCGGCUGCGGCUGAGGAGAGAGCCGGCUCCGGGCCUCCGCGUCCUUCUGCUCCCCGGGCCCCCCGCCUCCUCGGGGGGGCGGCGGUGGCGAUGUUCUCGGUCCUCUCGUACGGGCGACUGGUGGCCCGCGCCGUGCUCGGCGGCCUCUCGCAGACCGACCCCAGGGCCGGCGGCGGCGGCGGCGGCGGCGACUACGGGCUCGUGACGGCCGGCUGCGGAUUCGGCAAGGACUUCCGUAAGGGCCUCCUUAAGAAGGGCGCGUGCUACGGGGACGAUGCGUGCUUCGUAGCCCGGCACCGCUCGGCAGACGUGCUCGGGGUCGCAGAUGGUGUAGGAGGAUGGAGAGACUAUGGAGUUGAUCCGUCUCAGUUCUCAGGGACUUUAAUGCGGACAUGUGAACGGUUAGUAAAAGAAGGACGGUUCGUCCCGAGUAAUCCCAUUGGAAUCCUCACCACAAGCUACUGUGAGUUGCUGCAAAAUAAAGUACCUUUGCUUGGUAGCAGUACUGCCUGCAUCGUGGUGCUGGACAGAACUAGCCACCGCUUGCACACAGCAAACCUGGGCGACUCAGGCUUUCUGGUUGUCAGAGGUGGUGAAGUUGUGCACCGAUCAGAUGAACAGCAGCAUUACUUCAACACUCCGUUCCAGCUCUCAAUCGCACCCCCCGAAGCCGAGGGAGUCGUCUUGAGUGACAGCCCGGAUGCCGCUGAUAGCACAUCUUUUGAUGUCCAGUUAGGAGACAUUAUCCUGACGGCGACAGAUGGACUCUUUGACAACAUGCCUGAUUAUAUGAUCCUUCAGGAGCUAAAAAAGUUAAAGAAUUCAAAUUAUGAGAGUAUACAACAGACGGCAAGAAGCAUUGCUGAGCAAGCUCAUGAGCUGGCCUAUGACCCAAAUUAUAUGUCACCUUUUGCACAGUUUGCAUGUGACAAUGGAUUGAAUGUGAGAGGUGGGAAGCCAGAUGACAUCACUGUCCUUCUCUCAAUAGUGGCUGAGUAUACAGACUGACUCACCUAGGUGUCAACUCCUGCCUCUCCUUUCAUCAUCCCAAAUUCUCCCCUACCGUGUGUGCUGAUCCUGCUGGCAGGACCAUGUUUCUUUGCUGCUGAUCUCAGUGGCCAGUGAUGUAAGCCUUUUGCCUGUCUUUUUGAGACCCCAUUGAGAUCUUUGUUGAGAACCACUACUGUCAUUCACUAGCUCAUAUCUGCCAGCAACAUUUGAAGAGAAUCAAGAUUUGAAGAUUGGUCUUCACUUCACAUUGUCCUUUCCAUGAUGGGAUGGAGGUUUUCAAAGCCAAAAUGUCUAUUACUUUUCAAAAACGGUUGAAGUAUUGAAAAGAGUAAUAUUGGUAAAGUGAAUUCAAAAUUAGAAUGUUAAAGGGAUUUUAAAAGUCUAACACAAAUUGUAUGUUAUGGUACAUCUACUAGAAACAUACGUUGUUCAUCAAAAGAUACGUUACACGUGUACUAUACAGUCUGUGUUAUGAUUGGGUGUGGCUUUAUGUUUUCAUUAUAAACUCCUCUAUUUUUCAGGGGCUUAUAAUCUUGCUCUAAAACAUUGUUCUGGAUUACAAAAUCUUGAUCUGGGGGGCUUUUUUUUGGUUACAAGUUGGAAGAAAAAUUCAGUUUAGUUCUAUAUGUGCAAAUGUUUCAUGGUUUUUAAAAGAUGAUUAAUUGUGCUCCUGUGAUGAAAGUUUCAGCAGUUUAUUGAUUACUGCAUAUCACAGGCUGGUGGCCUGAUCUGCAGAGGGGGUUGGGGAGACUCCUUACCAAAAAUUUUUAAUGGAAAUAUUAUUCAAGGUUAUAAAAUUCCUCAAAGCCUACAAAUUUAAUGUUACAGCUGAAAUUCCUCCCAGCUGCCUGAUAUGAUGCCCCCGUGUGGGAGCUUUAGGCCCACAGGCCUGAUGGGUUGAGAAUGGAACAGCUCUAACUUUGAAUUUUGUUGGCCUUUGAUGGUCACGCUAUACCCCUUGUCUCACUCUUAGACCUGUUGUUAGUAGCCUUGCUUUCUAUAGAGCAUGUACCAAAUUCAGGGAGUCCAUGUGGAAAGAACACUGUGGGCAGCGGCACAAGAGUCCACGAGGAAAACUCCUAGUGAUGAUAUGACAUUUGCAUUUGCCCUACACAGAAAUUUAGGGGUUUCUGAAUCAAGCUUAAUGUUUACAGUUUCCGAAUAGCCAUCUUGCAGUGUAUAGUUUCCUUAUAAAAUUACCCCACAUUCAGUUUUUCCAUUAUCUGCAAACUCAAACUUAUUUUUAAGGUUUGUGUACAAGUCGACUGCUGUAAAGAUAUAUAUUUUUGGGUCAGUUUUUUUCCUUCAUUAACUUUGUGGUAGAAAAAUAUAUAUACUUAGAAAUCCUUAAAUUAAAGCCAUGUUUUAUAUAUGUCAGGUAACAUUGGUGUAUAGAUGAGAAUGCAAUUAAACCUAAUGAGAAUCUACUUGAGAAUAUAGAAAGUCUCUUUCUCUAAAGGAGAUACUUACUCCCUGGUUUAUUGCAUUAAAACUUAUGUUUGAGGUUACCUCAACUUGUUUUAAAAGAUUUUGUUUUGUGAAUUUGUACUGUAUAUUUGAGUAACUGUCAAGCUUUUGUUUUAUUUAAAAUUGUUUAACAUGUACCAUGUACAUGUCAUUACUAUAUUUCAAUGCAUCAUGCUUGUAACAGGCAUUUCAUUUAUAAUAAGAAUGAGUUAUUCAUUUGUAAGCCGUUCAGUAAUUUAUCUACUAUUCCUAAAUUGGCAUAAUGUUAGAUAUCUAUUUUGAAUCACCUUUAAUUACAUGUCAGAAUGCCUUAACUACCCUAACUUGACAAAACAGAAUUCUUUGGUAGAGGAGAUGGGGGGUGGGGUGGGGGGUGGAGAGAGACUCUGUUUAAAUAAUGAGAAUCCAUCGUGCUGUGAUAAAACACAGAAGCGUGAGUGGCAAGUGGCGGGGUAUUUAUUUUGCACAAACUAUUUGCAGUCUCUGUGUAUUUAAAAAGUAAAGAAAGUUGCAUCCAGAAGGGUUUUGUUGGAAGGAAUACAUUUACACUUGGGCUGACAACUUCAGUUCUUUUGUUGGGUUUUUAAUUAUUUCUGGUCAGAGGUAUGGAGCCUUAUGAUCUGGAUAUAUUUUGUAUUAAUUUUCCAAUGCAUACAUUUAAUUCCUGGUAAGAGCAGUGCUGGUCACGUCACUGGCUUUCUCUGCACUCAUCUAAACCCAUCAAACACAAUCUUUUUUUUUUUGCGGUACACGGGCCUCUCACUGUUGUGGCCUCUCCCGUUGCAGAGCACAGGCUACGGACGCGCAGGCUCAGUGGCCAUGGCUCACGGGCCCAGCUGCUCCGCGGCAUGUGGGAUCCUCCCGGACUGGGGCACGAACCCGUGUCCCCUGCAUCGGCAGGCGGACUCUCAACCACUGCGCCACCAGGGAAGCCCCAAACACAAUCUUCAUAAAGGUAGAUUGAUGGUUUUUUACACAACUCAUUUAAUCAACUUACUCUUUUUUGAGAAAUGAGCGUUAGAAAUUGACAAUGUGUUUGUUCCAGGGAUGUUGAAAAUAGUGGGACAAGAAUUGAGUUUCACAGGGGAACUGACUUUGGACCUGGCCUGUAGAUUUGGGACACAAAAUAUUUUCUUUUUUUCCCCUGCCCAUUUUGUGUUAUGCACUUAAUUUUAUGACUGCGGGGGUCUGUUGGAGUGCUGCUUAACAAGUAACUCUCCUUCCACUGUCAGUGGUCAGAGGCUGUGUAGUACUCAUACUGGAAUUUUCCAUGUCACAGGACCCAAGUCUUUGUGGGGUGUGCCUGAGAUAUACCACUUGGUGGGUCUAAUUCUGAACUUGAUGUGUUAAUUGUAUUUUAAAUCAAGCAGUAUAAACACACAUAUUGAUACAUUUGCCUCACGUAGUGGACUUUUAUAACAAAAGAGAAUUUGGAUUUCUAAUUUACAAAUGGCAAAUUAUUUAUCCCUCUCUGGAUGCACCAAAGACCAGUAAAGUUUAUAGCUUUUCCAUCUAUAUUUAUAAAGCAAUACUGUAUUAUAAAAAUCAAUAUUUUUAUCACAUGCUUGAAAUUUUUAUUUUGUUCUGUUUUAAAGUGUGCACUCUAAACAUAUCAGAACCUUAUUUCUUCCUGUGAACUUAAGCUGCCUGCGCACAAAAAAGAAUUCACUGAAUGGAUACGCAAUAGAGUCCAUAGGCUCCUAAAAACUGAAAGAAGAAAUGAGGUGGGGAAAACAAGUUACUUGUCCUGAAUUACUGUACUGGCUUGACAUGGUUGAUGGGUACUAAAUCACAAAAGAAUCCAUUCCAGGUGUGCAUGUCUGGGAGUUGGGCUGUAACUAGAUUAGAAACUAGAUUUCGAGCUUUGCAUGAUGGGCGAGUAUCUUAUCACAUCGAUUGCAUUCGUUCUGGAUAGAAUAGUAGCUUUCAGUACCGCCUUCAGUACCACCAACAUACCACAUCAUGUAACAAGGCAGUAAUUGUGGGAAUUCACUGAGUCAGUUUUGAGCGUUUUGGAGAUUGUAAACAAGAUUGGCUAGAACUGUAAAUGUUUGUACUUCUGAUUAAGUUCAUGGUUCCUUGUCACCUUAUACCAGCUAUCUUUGGUAGAAGCUACAGCAUCCAAUUUUCCUGGAAACUCACAUUUUUGCAUUUAACAAGUUUUACAACAUCAAAAAACCAAAAUCUGCUUAUAAAACAAAAUGUGAAACAGAAAACAUUUGGAUUCUAUUGUUUAAAAAAAUUAAAUUCUUUGCAAAAUUGAACUUCAACUAAAAAUCGACAGUGUCCAUGUCAAAAUUUUAACUGUAAGCAGGUAGUUUGUGGCAAAGAUGGCUAAAUAAUGAAGCAAGUCUGAAUUUGUGUAUACUAAUGAGCUGCUUUUUUCUGUUGAGACUAUCAUUAUUUGUCUUACCCAAGAGGCAAUGACCUGAAUUGGAUGUCUGAAGUAUAACUUAUGCAGGAAUAGUUCUGUAAAUACAUUUAAAUAAACUGUAAAGAUAUUUAAUAAAUAUAGUAUUUAUACUAA